UGAGUGCCCGCCGCCCCACCCGUCUGCGGGGCCGCCGUCUUGGGUCCCCGGGCCCAGGCUCCGUGGGCUCUCCUCCCCGGCCUGGCCUGCGGCCUCCGGGGCCCGAGCUCCUGCUGGAGCCGCCGGCCUCACCCGCACCUGCUGCCCUCGCCUCCGGUGGUCCCCGGGGCCUGAGCCCGGGCCCAUGUGCGCCACCGCCAGGGUGCAGUGCCCGCCGGGCCCCGCGAGCCGUGGCCGCGCAGUCGUAGGGCCUGGGGCAGUGUCUGCCGGUCUUUCCAUACGCUACUCCCCGGGGCACCGGGCGCGGCCACAGCGCAGGGCCCGUAGGGCGCCUGCUCCCGGCUUCCGGCGGUUCGGGGGCAGCGCCCGCACCUGGCUGCCCCUGACCCGCGAACUCCGGCGGAGGUGGGCUCUCCCUUCCCGUCUACACACGUCGGAACCGUGGCGGAGGACACCGGGCCUAGAAUGAAACAGCCGUCACCCAGUUGUUUGAAAAUCACCUCGCGUGUUUUUUAACGUAGAAAAAAAAUGCUAACUGGGAUUGAUCAUGCCCCGAGGAGCAGAAGAAGACGCUUGGAAAGGAAGACGGAUGGAGGGCGAGAAAAAGUUUUGCUUUUUAGAAACAGUUGUCAUCACAGUAAACUUGAAACUGCGCUGUAGUUAACCAGCAGGGGACGUAGAUUUUUAAUUGAAAGUAGUUCGCCUAGACAUUUUGAUGCUGUAACGGCUCCAUUGCUACACUUUCCGGUCUUGCUUGCAUUCUUUGCCGUCCUGUUCCAAAACAGAACGGAAGGGUGAAAUAAGAGGCCCUCUUUCCUGGGAAGUGAGCAGAAAUGGAGCUUUUUACCCCCUACUUGUUUAUAUUUCGUUGGAUCCCUGACCAGCUGCUAGCACACUGCUGAAUGUGGGAGUCGACCAACACCGAGGGAUCGCCAAGUCCAUUUGAAAUAACCUCAAGGAGUGGGCUCCCCGAGCGUGUACCACGCGGUCAUCGUCAUCUUCCUGGAGUUCUUCGCAUGGGGUUUGCUGACGGCACCCACGUUGGUGGUCUUACACGAAACCUUCCCUAGACACACAUUUCUGAUGAACGGCCUCAUUCAAGGAGUAAAGGGUUUGUUGUCAUUCCUCAGCGCCCCGCUUAUUGGUGCUCUCUCUGAUGUUUGGGGCCGGAAGUCCUUCUUGCUGCUAACCGUGUUUUUCACGUGCGCCCCCAUCCCCCUGAUGAAGAUCAGCCCGUGGUGGUACUUCGCCGUCAUCUCCGUCUCUGGCGUGUUCGCCGUGACCUUCUCCGUGGUGUUCGCCUACGUAGCAGACAUAACGCAGGAGCACGAGCGGAGCAUGGCCUACGGUCAGGUUUCGGCCACCUUUGCUGCCAGCUUGGUGAUCAGCCCCGCCAUCGGUGCGUACCUGGGCCGGGUGUACGGGGACAGCUUGGUGGUGGUCCUGGCCACGGCCAUCGCCCUGCUGGACAUCUGCUUCAUCCUCGUUGCUGUGCCCGAGUCACUGCCUGAGAAGAUGCGGCCGGCGUCCUGGGGGGCACCCAUUUCCUGGGAGCAGGCUGACCCCUUCGCGUCCCUGAAGAAGGUGGGCCAGGACUCCGUCGUGCUGCUCAUCUGCAUCACCGUGUUCCUCUCCUACCUCCCGGAGGCCGGCCAGUACUCCAGCUUCUUCCUGUACCUCCGACAGAUUAUGAAAUUCUCACCAGAGAGCGUGGCUGCGUUUAUAGCAGUUCUCGGCAUUCUGUCCAUCAUUGCACAGACCAUAGUCUUGAGUUUACUUAUGAGGUCAAUUGGAAACAAGAACACCAUUUUAUUGGGUCUGGGAUUUCAGAUACUGCAGCUGGCAUGGUACGGCUUUGGUUCAGAACCUUGGAUGAUGUGGGCCGCGGGGGCCGUGGCCGCCAUGUCCAGCAUCACCUUCCCGGCCGUCAGCGCGCUCGUCUCGCGGACUGCUGAUGCCGACCAGCAAGGUGUCGUCCAGGGGAUGAUAACGGGAAUCCGAGGUCUGUGCAACGGUCUGGGCCCCGCUCUGUACGGCUUCAUCUUCUACAUAUUCCACGUGGAGCUGAAAGAGCUGCCGAUGACGGGGACGGACGUGGGGACGAACACCAGCCCACAGCACCACUUCGAGCAGAACUCCAUCAUCCCCGGCCCCCCCUUCCUCUUCGGAGCCUGUUCGGUGCUGCUGGCCCUGCUGGUGGCCUUGUUCAUCCCCGAACACACCAACCUGAGCCUGCGCCCUGGUGGCUGGAGGAAGCACUGUGGCGGGCACAGCCACCCUCAUAGCACGCAGGCGCCAGGAGAGGCCAAAGAACCCUUGCUCCAGGACACGAAUGUGUGACGUCGCCACCAGGGAGGCUCCCCGACCCGCACCAGGGCUGAGUUGGCACCUGUGGCCCCAGUGGACAUUCCACUUCCACCCACGACGGACUGUCAGGGUGUCUCAACAAAUGUGUCUGCAUGGGCUCCGUGGGGACUCGAGAAAGACCCGGACAGUUUUCCAAAGAUGUUACAAUUUUUUUUGAAAAGGAAGCUUUUGUUUAUUAGAACCAAUUUCUUGCCACUAAGCUGUUUGUCUUAUCAUACACCCCCUUUAAUUAAAAACUAUGUGUAACUUCUUAUGUACUAGCAACGUCUCUGCUGCCGUUUCCUGCAGCCGUUGAGCUUGGCCUGCACGCGGACUCGCAGCAGAGUGGGAAGUUCGGCUGCGGACCUGUGGCUUUUAACCUUGUAAAACCUGGAGUCGGAUUUCAUUAUUGUAGAAUCUUGGGUCAAAUAAUUCAAAGCCUUAAUGCAGAUGCACUAAAGAAAUGGUAAAUUGUUUGCAUUAAAAAAAAAAAAAACCUCAAGAAAACUGUACUAAAUCUGAAUCAUGUUUCAAACUU